UUGAAAAUUUUAGAAACGACCAUCGAGCUAUGUCAAAACAAAGACCAUAGUCUUACGGUAGUUGUGUCUGGCAAAAGACAGGCAGUGGAAGAGGCUCGUAAGCUGAUUGUUCAGUCACUGCAGACCCAAGCAAAUCGUGAAUUUAAAGUUCCAAAAGAAUAUCAUCGUGCUCUAAUUGGUAGAGAAGGUAGACAUUUACAAGAGCUGGAAAAAUCUACCGAUUGUAGAAUUCUUGUGCCAAAUCGUGAUGUAGCAUCGGAUGUGAUAAAAAUAAUGGGACCUCGAGAAGGUAUCGACAAAGCGAUACACGAAAUUCAAAAGUUCGCUGAUGAGCAGUCGAAGCUGGCUCAAGAACAUUUGCUUAUUCCGAAGAUAUACUAUCCUUGGAUCAAAGGUCCGAACAAUGAAACGGUAGACCGAAUCAUCCAGGAAAAUGGGGUGCGAGUCAACAUCCCACCUCGAUCUGCUAAUAAUGAAGUCAUAAUAAUAACUGGCGAAAAGACCGGCGUGUACAAGGCAGCCAAUGAAAUAAGAGAGAUUUAUGAAGAGAAGGUGUCGAUGAUUAAAAACUACAAAAUCGUUUUGCAAUUUUUCUGUUCAUUUCAGAAGGCGACCAUCGGAACGGUGCAAUUCAACGUAGCCGUGUCACAGCAUCGCUAUAUAAUUGGACCGCAGCGAGCUGGUAUCACCGAAAUCCUCCGCGAGACAGGAGUCAGCGUAGAAGUUCCACCAGAAGAGUCAAAGUCGAACAUAAUUACUCUACGUGGUGACAAAGACAAAUUGGGUUUGGCUGCCACGAUGGUUUUGGCUAAGGCAAGCAGCAUUAUUACAGCCGAAAUUUCUUGUCCUGUAUGGUUGCAUAAGUACAUCAUUGGAUCGAAAGGUUCCGGAAUUAGACAAAUCAUCGGUGAUCAUUCAAAGGUUCAAGUUACCUUUGACCAGGAAGGUUACGUUCUGUUGGAAGGCAUUCCUGAGGAAGUAAAGCGCACCAAGGAUUUCAUUGCCGACAGAGUUAAGCAGUUAGAAGAGGAGAUGACUUUUGACACAGCCGUGGUGCAUCCUUCAUUGCAUGGUCAUAUAAUAGGCAGAAGCGGGACAAACAGUAAGCUUCAUUUAAAUGAUUUGAUUUUAGUUGCUCGAAUUCGUCAAGAAACUGGUGUUAUCGUAGUGAUGCCCGAUCCAAAUACACAUUCUGCUGAAAUUCGGCUAGAAGGAACGAAAGGAGGCGUUGCCAAAGCUAAGGAAGAGAUACUGGCCCUUGCUGAGAAAAAGGAAAACGAAAAAUCGCGAGAUAUUCUGAUUGAAAACCGUUUUCACAAACAACUGAUCGGAGUUAAGGGCGAAUCGAUUAAGGAGCUUCAUCAACUCUUUCCUGAGGUGAUAAUAAACUUUCCUGAUCCAGGUCGUAAGUCAGACGUUGUGACACUACGGGGUCCAAAAGAUGAAGUCGACAAGUGCUACAGACAUAUGCAUCAGAUCUAUAAGGAAUUGAUCGAAAGUAACUAUCAGAUAUCCAUACCAAUCUACAAGGAUUUCUUCAAGCAUAUUAUCGGUAAAGGAGGAGCAAACAUUAAAAAAAUUCGUGAGGAAACGAACACCAGAAUUGACAUCCCAGCGGAAUCUUCCGAGUCCGACGUAAUCAUUAUUACUGGAAAGAAAGCGAACGCGGAAAAGGCGGAGCGAUUGUUGCAAAAGAUGCAGAACGAACUUUCCAGCAUUGUUACGGUAGAAAUCCAGAUCCCGCACAAAAUGCACAGCGGAUUUAUUAGCGCAGGUGGCCGAUUGAUCCAUUCGAUAUCCGAGGAUUGUGGUGGCGUGCAGAUAAAGUUUCCACCGGAAAACACGCAUUCCGAUUGUAUUACGAUUCGAGGUCCAAAGGACGGUGUGGAGAAGGCGAAAAAGGUUUUGCUUGAUCUGGCUAAGGACAGAGAGGCAUCUAGUUUUACAGCAGAAGUCAAGGCAAAGCCGGAAAUGUUUGGUUAUCUGAUUGGCAGCGGCGGUACUCGCAUCAAAAAAAUCCGCGACAGCUAUCCGGGCAUACGAAUUUUGAUUCCUAGACCGCAGGAUGAAGAUCAGGAAACGAUUCAUCUGAUUGGUAGGAAGGAUGACGUGGGAAAAGUGAAAAAGCAGUUGGAGGAAUUGGUUAAUGAGUUGAAUAUGUCAGUCGAGAUAACGAUGGAUAUUGAUCCAAAGUGGCAUAAGUAUUUCUUGUCUCGUUCGAGGAAUGCUUUGAGAGAAAUUCAAGAGCGAAACUGCGGGGUUGCAAUUAUCUUUCCGAAAAUCAAUUGUGGAUGCAAGGUGACUUUAAAGGGUCCAAAGGAGUGCGUUGAGCAAGCAAAAUUAAGCAUGGAAGAAAUCGUUGCCGACUUGGAGGCUCAAGUUACUGUUCCUGUUCAUAUAUCGCCAAAGCAUUAUCGUAGUUUAUUGGGUAAUCGCGGUGCCAAUAUCCAAGACCUAUGCCAGAAGUGUAAGGUACAGAUCAAGUUUCCUGAGAGAGCCAGGGACCAUUCAGCGGCGCAGUCAAUGGAAACCGGCGAAGAAAAUGUUGAAGAAGGAACAGUAGGCACUGCAAGCCCAGCCGUGAACGACAUCGUGAGAAUAACGGGUCGUCAAGAAAACUGUGACAAAGCAAUCGAACUGCUUUUGGCAGAAAUACCCAUUACCGAAGUGGUGAACGUGCCCUUCGACUUCCACGGCAGUCUCAUUGGAAGACAAGGCAUUGAAAUCCGUAAACUGAUGAAUGCCCACAACGUCAACAUCCAGUUCGCCGCAUUCGAGUCACACUCAGACGAAAUCAGGGUGACUGGUCGUCGUCCGGACGUUAGUGAUGCCAUCGCUGCGAUAAUGAAACGUGUGGAGGAACUUGAGGAGGAGUUGAAAGACAAGGAGCUUAGAAGCUAUAGUACAAAGGUCUCAGUGCCGGCUGCCUACAUACCGAAGCUAAUUGGACCAAAAGGACGCGAGAUCCAGCGUAUUCGUGCCAAAUACGGUGUUCAGAUUGCUGUGCCUCCAACUAAUGAUGACGAAGCUGACGAGUGCAAAGAAGAAAUAGAUAAAAUGGUUGAAGAUGAAGCAUCUCUGUUCACUCAAGAGAUAACGCUCGAUUGUCGGAUUCAUAAUCGCUUGAUUGGACAGAAGGGCAAGAACAUCAAGAAGAUAGUGGACCAAUUCAACGUAGAAAUCCGCCUUCCUAAACACGACAGCCCUGAUCCGAAUUUGGUUGUCGUUGCCGGCCAGGAUGAGGACUCCGUGUACGACUGUAUCGAUCAGCUGCGUAAGAUGGAAGAAGAGUAUUUGCAGGCGAGUGACCUGGUCGAUCGUUAUGCUUAUCGUGAUCCGCAGCGAAUGGCAAAUUCACAGACGUUGGGAGGCGAGCAGCCAAUUCUUGAAAUUGUGAACGCUCCAUGGCAACAAGGGAAAGCUGAUGCUGUAUCGGCGGACCAGCAGAUACCCCCUGACGUGGCCAACAUCCAGGAAUUUCCAGCAAUAGGCAACGAAGCGGGCACAAUGAAUGCCAGUGCGCGGGUCUGGGGUCAACGCCGAGCCUAA